CGGUGCAGUCUGUUGCAGACUUAAGGGACCGGGGUUUUUGUUCUUUCGGGAUUCAUAUAGUUCCGAGUGAAUUUUAAUUUCCCUGCGAAAAACACAAGUGAUGCUGUCGUGACGCUCGCUUGAAGGAAUUGUGCCGCAAGGAAAACAGUAUUCACAUUCCUUGCUCUCUCUCCGUUGCCCCCAAGAAAUAACAGUAUUGUUCAUUUGAUAACUCGUUUGGUCGUUUUCGUAGUCCGACACUAAACAGACGUGCCCUCUUGUGAUCCGCAAUGGCGGAGACAAAUGGGGUCGCGAAUUUAGACACGAAGAAUGGAAACUUCAUAUGCGGUGUCGUCGAAGGUUUCUAUGGUCGGCCUUGGACCACAGAGCAAAGGAAGGAUCUAUUUCAGAAAUUAAAAAAAUGGGGAAUGGAUUCAUAUUUGUAUGCACCAAAAGAUGAUUAUAAACAUCGUGCUUACUGGAGAGAUUUGUACACAGUAGAAGAAGCUGAACAUUUAACCGGUCUGAUAGCAGCUGCUAGAGAAUGCGGUAUAAGAUUUUAUUAUGCACUGUCACCAGGAUUAGAUAUCACUUAUUCAAGUGCAAAAGAAGUUACUGUAUUGAAAAGAAAGUUGGAACAAGUCAGCCAGUUUGGUUGCACUGCAUUUGCAUUGUUAUUUGAUGAUAUAGAACCAGAAAUGAGUGAAGCAGACAAAGAAGUAUUUCAGUCCUUUGCUCAUGCACAAGUUUCUGUUACAAAUGAUAUAUUUCAACACCUUGGUCAACCAAAGUUUCUUCUAUGUCCAACGCAAUACUGUGCUACUCGUGCAAUGCCAAAUGUAUCGUCCUCAGAAUAUCUUAACACGCUUGGUAGUAAAUUGGCCCAAGAAAUUGAUAUAAUGUGGACUGGUCCUAAAGUUAUAUCAAGACUUCUAACUGUUGAGUCUAUAGAAGAAAUUACGGAAGUUCUAAGAAGACCGCCAGUUAUAUGGGAUAAUCUUCACGCCAAUGAUUAUGAUCAAAAAAGAGUAUUCUUAGGUCCAUACUCCGGCAGAUCUCCUGAUCUGAUUCCUAAAUUGAGAGGUGUUUUAACGAAUCCUAAUUGUGAAUACGGGGCUAAUUUUGUAGCAAUUCACACUUUGGCUCAGUGGAGCAGGUGUAACAUUGAUGGAAAGAGAGAUUUGAAUGAUUCUGUGUCAGCUGACAUAAGAUUAGAAACUGAAACAGAGGAUGGUGUACUUCGUGAAGAUAUUCCUAUCACAAUGUCACCAAAUAUUUAUCAUCCCCGGCAUGCUUUAAAAAGUGCUAUAAACGAUUGGUUAUUAGAAUUUCACAAAAAGCGGGCCGCAUGGGGUGUUAUCGCAAAGCCGCAGCCAUGCGUUGCUCCAACAAUACCUAUACCAAUAAUUCCUUCUGUAAAUACAUGCAUGAGUCUCACGUCGACGACAACAACGACUUCCGUUCCUGCAACAUCUACAUCAGUAAAUAAUUCCAGUCAUCUUCAAGCACUAGCUGAAGUUUGCUCAACUGUAACUGUAGUCACCGACAGUUUCGUACCUCCCUCUGGUCCUGUUAUGAAUUCUUUAGUAUCAAAUACAACUGUUGUUAGCGAAUCCAUUAUUCCAACAAUUUCUACUAAUGUGAACAAUGUGUCAACUUCAAAUGCUAUGUCUUUAGAGCCUAUGGAUUGUAAUACAACACCUAAUAAUUCACCUGCGCACGCAGCUAAGAUUCAUACGGAGGACGAUCCCAUGAUAGAGAACACUUCUACUUGCAGUGAAACUUCCGGCAGCAUGCAAGUAGAAAUUGACGGUACUUCUCCUGUAGUAAACGGAACUCAAAUGAUUGUUGAAAACGACAGCGAGAAUCAUGAUACUACUGAUAACACAGAUCAAGAAUCUCAGGAUUCCAUUGAUGCUGACAAACGAUUAACACAAGAGGAUUUAUCGUUACUAUGUGACCUCUUUUACUUGCCAUUUGAACAUGGUGGUCAAGGUAUUCAAUUGUUACAAGAAUUUAAUUGGCUUAAAAGUAAUGCUCACGUUGUCAUGAGAAAGGCGAAAGAAGACGAGACUGUGUCUCAAUCUGAUAUCGAAGAAUGGCAUACGAGAGCAGCAAAAUUAAACGACAUGUGCAAUGGUGUAAAUAGAUUAUUUCAGCGACUUACGUACUGUAAUAAUCGUGAGUUAUUAUAUGAUUUGUAUUCAUAUGUUUGGGAUAUGAGAGGAGUUGUGUCCCUUUUAAACAGUUACGUGAAAUGGUUGGCGUUUGGCAGAUUCCCGACGACGAUGACAACGUUUACCCAGGGAAGCUACACAUGGUUCUCCAAUGGCUGGAAAGAAACUUUCAUGAGCGGAGACCAAGAACCAUGGGUUUUCCGUGGAGGACUUACAGCUGAUCUGCAGAGAUUAAUUCCAGUGGACAGUGGAAAUGAUCUAUUCGUUUAUAAAGCACCAGAAGUGCCCAGUAGUAAAAUCUAUACAAUUAGGCCUUACGUAGCGAGCGACGAGGCAGCAGUUUAUGCUGUGUGCAAUAAAAUUUGUGGCUGUACAUUGUCGUCCGCAGUGGCUGAUAGGUUGGUUGGCAGUUUCCUAACUUUGAGUCCAGAACUCUGUAUGGUUGUCGAAGACGAAAGUGGUAUAGUGGGAUACGCAUUGGCUACCUUAAAUGUUAAGACUUUUAAUCAGAAGCUGUCUGUUUCUUGGUUACCCGAGUUGCGUAUGAAGUACCCAUUAGAGGACAGUAUAAAUGAUAUGCCACAAAAUAUUCAGGAUGCCGUACGAUCCUUUCAUUCAAUCGUCCCGGACGUGUCUGAACAAUUGUGCAGACAACACCCAUCGAAACUUUUGUGUACAGUAUUACCGUGUCUGGCAGAUCAAUCGGUCCCUAAAAGACUAAUCACGUGCAUUCUUGCUGCUCUGAGAGCGAAUGGUUCCUUUGGUGUACAUACCACAAUGCCAAGUACAGACAAGGAGACGUACGACUUUUAUAGUAAACUGGGGUUCGUAGACUUGAACCCGGCGCACGAGGAACACCCCGAAAUUAAAACUAUGUGUAGAAGUUUCUAACAAAGAGUGAGUACACCAGUGAUAUUUGUGAAUAAAGUAUAUUUGCU